AUGGAUGAUUAUAUUAGAAUUUUUAGUCAAACUGCAAUAGGGGAUAUAAUCGAAAAAGAUCAAUUUAUUUCAAUAAAAAAAACCGAAUCAGUCGAAAAAUUAUUAGAAUUGUUAUAUCAGCAUUCACUUACAUGUUUACCAGUGGUCGAGGGCGGAGAAGAUGGAGAAAGAACUAGAGUAGUGGGAUUUGUUGAUACCAACGAUGUAUUACAAUUAAUGUCAAAGAUGUUUGAUACUAUAGAUAAGAAUUCCACAGAUGAAAAUAUCAGAUUGUUUUCAAUUGCUUUUCUUUACAGUAAUGUUCACAACAUUAUGAACGUCAGUAAAAAAGAUCAGUUUCAAGUCGUUUUAGAGGAACAAUCAUUAUUAGAGGUACUUAGAUUAUAUUCGACCGGUAUUCAUAGAGUAGCAUUGUUAUCAGUCUUUUCAGAAAUCGAAAAUAUAGUUUCUCAAAGCCAAGUAAUUAAAUUCCUUUCAAAAAACCUAUCAGUUUUAGGUGAAACUUUGGAGUUUGCAACUAUUAGAGAGCUGCUACCAUUCCUCACACCCAAAGAAUCUUUAAUCACCACCAAAGCUUCAACUAUGACCAUUGAUUCUUUCAAACUAAUGAAUCUUCAUAAAAUUUCAGCAGUACCCGUCCUCAAUGAUAACGAUAAUAAAAUAAUUGGCAAUCUUAGCAUUAACGACUUGUAUGGUCUUAAAGAAUCAACUAUAAAGUUAUUAUUGGAGCCCACAUUAUCAUUUUUAAACAUAAACCAAAAUAACCAACAUAACAAUAAUGAUUUACUACAAAAUAAAAAUAAACCAGAUCAUCCAGUUGUUUUAACGCUUAAUGAUACCUUUAAAGAUGCUAUUGAAAGGGUUUCACAGAAUAAAAUUCACAGAGUUUGGAUUGUUGACGAUAAUAAUGUACCAAUUUCAUUAAUAUCAUUAACUGAUAUCUGUAAAUUAAUAGUUGAAUCGCCAUAUUGCGAUAUUAUUGAAGAAGAAAAAAGUAAAGAAAGAUACCAACAACAACAUGAAGAUAAUAGUAACAAUAGUAAUAACAACAGCAACAAUAACAAAGCAAGAGAAUGAAUAGUAAUAUAAAUAGUAUUUUUUAAAAAAAAAAAUAAAAUAAAAAAGUUAAUAAAUAAAAUCCUUUUUUUAGAUAAU